UCAGUUUGCUUUUGUACUUCAACUAGUUGAGAAUUUUACAACAUUUUUUUUAACCACCGGCAUCACAACACAAAAUUUGAUAUUUUCACUUAGAUACAAUUUUGAUCCAUUGCCAAAUUUUAAGUGGUUUUAAAUAGUUAAUCGGGCCACCAUGAGCAUCACGCAGGAUGAGGCCAAGGCGAGCGUCAUCAGCGUGGUAACGCCCCCACCCAGCUAUGUGGAAUGGUGCGAGCGGAAUUCGAAGCCGAUCGUGCGUCGUUUGUAUCGGGAGAAGCGAUACUUGACCCGCUGGCAGAUUCCGGGACCGAUGAAGAAGGCCGCGUGGAAGGAGUUCUACGAAUGGGCCGCCAGCAGAGCCAUGCCCAAGGAACUGCCAACGCCCGUACGGGAGCCCAUACCCUGUUUCCCCAAGUAUUUGCCAUGCGGUAGAAAGCCACGCGUAAUCGAUCCCGAGGUAUUUCAGGAGAAGGUUGCCAAGCUGGCCACGCCCCUCGAAAGGAAGAUGACGCCGAAGCAUCAGUACAUCUAUCCGGAGCACCCGUAUUCCCCCAUAAUAGUCUGGGGUCAGCCACCGCUCCAUGACAAAGGACGACCCUUCAAGCCGCCACAGAAACCAUGCUGUUUCUUCAACGCCGACAUCGAGGACAAGUGGUGGGCCGAGCUCCGCUUCCCCAUUCGCAAGGCCGCCCUCAAGGCCAGGAUUACGCCGCGAAUUCUCAGCCUGUCAAAGCCGAAGAUCACCCCCCAGUUUCCACCACAUUGCUACCAUCCGGAUCAUAUCUACGAUGUGCUCACUGUCAAGCCGCCGCCUCGCAGGAAGUUUACUCCCCAGGGAUGGCGUCUUCACCAGAUCCGAUUGCUAUACCUUUCCAAGCCGGUGUCUCGGCCCGAAUACGAGUAUUUUUAUAUGUGAUUCAGUGGCAUAUGGCAGCCAAUCAAUCCCA